GACACUUCUGUCAAUGAUGAUUGUGUAUAAUAUUUAAUAUUGUGCUUGUAAACUUUAAGAGCUAUAGAGAUAAGCUUAUUUUAAGUUCAAGGUCGUAAAUCGGAAAUGAUUAGUGUGUCCAUAGGAAUUAUAGUAUUAAAUAGGUUUUAUUUACACCUUUUACUUUGUGACAAUAUUUGAUAUCACGUGACCCUAUAUUGAAUUUUAAUUGGUCAUCGGUGAGCGUGCCCUGCGCGACGCGAGAGGCGCAAUAAUAGUUCACCAAAAUGCCGUCGGAAUCUAAGCCUUUGUUGACAGCCCAAACAGAAAAACCAAAUCAUUAUAAUCCGGCUAUUUCGUUUCACAGAUAUCUGAAGGAAUUCAGAGUAGAGCAGUGCCCGUCGUUCCUACAACAUAAAUGUACACAACAUAGACCUUUCACAUGUUUUCAUUGGCAUUUUAAUAAUCAGAGAAGAAGAAGACCCGUUCGAAAGAGGGAUGGCACAUUUAAUUACAGCGCAGACAAUUAUUGUACCAAAUAUAAUGAAACGUCGGGGAUAUGCGAGGAUGGAGACGAGUGCCCUUACCUACAUCGUACAGCAGGCGAUACAGAACGUCGAUAUCACCUGCGCUACUACAAAACAUGUAUGUGUGUUCAUGAUACGGAUGCUAGAGGACUUUGUACUAAGAAUGGGGCACAUUGUGCAUUUGCACAUGGUGCCCCUGAUCUUCGCCCUCCAGUUUUGGACAUGAGAGAACUCCAAGCACUGGAAAAUCCUGAUGGGACUGAUGGUGAUGCAGCAGCGCCCAAUGCAUUAGAUAGAGAACGUAAUGUAAUGAAUGAAGAUCCAAAAUGGCAAGAUACAAAUUACGUAUUAUCAUCAUAUAAAACUGAACCAUGUAAAAGACCACCUAGGUUAUGUAGACAAGGGUAUGCUUGCCCUCAAUAUCACAAUAGUAAAGACAAGCGUAGAUCACCAAGAAAAUAUAAAUAUCGUAGCACACCAUGUCCUAAUGUUAAACACGGUGAAGAGUGGGGUGAGCCUAGUAAUUGUGAAGCUGGUGACGGUUGCGGUUAUUGUCAUACACGUACUGAGCAACAAUUUCAUCCUGAGAUAUAUAAAUCCACUAAGUGCAAUGAUGUUCAGCAAGCUGGCUACUGUCCCAGAGGACUGUUCUGUGCCUUUGCGCAUGUCGAACCGGAAGAUUUGACCGGCGCUCGUGAACUUGCUGCGCCACUCGAAUGCGGCACCAAUCUCGCAGAUCUUUUGUCAUCGGCACUGCCAGACAAGAAGGGCGAAGUCAGCGUACUCGGCGCCCUCGGACUCGAGCGGCGUCCACACUCGCCCGCGCCUCACGCUAAUGGCUCCGGCGACGGCUCCGAGUGCGCCUCUACCUCUUCCGGCGGCUCCAGCGGCGGCCGCGCUCCAGCUCGUGGUCUGCUGCCACUUGCGUCCGCGACGCUCGAUCUCGACAAGCCGCAGCCCGCCUGGCCCCCGCGCGCCACCUUCGACGCGACCGUGCUGCAGGAGGUGGUCGGGAAUGCGCUCGACGACCUCCACCUGGACGAUCCGCGCAAUCUCGUCGCGUCGCUCGACCGCGAUCUCUCCGACGGCGAGGGACUACUCGGGGGCUCGGCCCCCGUCAACAUUCCGUCGGCGCGGUCCGCACUGCGCGGCUUCAGUCCGCCUCCCGGCGGGUCACCGCUGCCGCCCUUCCUGCGCUACACGCCCAACGACACGGAGCGCCUCUUCAACUCGCACGCGAUCAAGGCGGGCAGCUUCGGCGCCUCGGGCGCAGGGCCGUUCGAGUUCGGAGCCGCGUCGCCGUCGGCGCCCGGCGAGCUGUCGCGCCUGCGCGAGGAGGUGGUGGCGUCGCGCGCCGCCGCCGCGCGCUGGGACGAGCGCAUCGCGCAGGCGCGCUCGGCGUGCGAGGCGUGGCAGCGCGAGUCGGACGAGGCGCAGCGCAAGGCGGCGCUGGCCGAGCGGCAGCGUGACGAGGCGCUGGCGCACGCGCUGGCGCUGAAGCGCGAGCUGGAGGCGGCCCGCGCGCCGCGUCGCGAGUUGCGCGGGCUGCCGCUGACGGCGCUGAAGGCCAUGCAGGUGCAGGCGCGCACCGACCUGGAGGAGAUCGAGAAAGUACUGUACCUGGAGACGGCUACCAAGUGUAUGGUGUGCGAGGAGCAGCCGCGCAGCGUGACGCUGGCGCCCUGCAACCACUACGUGCUGUGCGAGGCGUGCGCGGCCACGGCCAAGGAGUGUCCGUACUGCCAGACGCCCGUGCAGCACCACCAGUGAGGCGAGGUGACGUAGUGCGGCGGCCCGCUGAUGACACCGCGCUGCCACUAUCUUUUUGAACUGAAACUUUUCUAAGUUGUAACCCUAAUGACUUACGUCUGAUCUUUUAAUUCUAAAAUGGAAUGUUCUAUGUUUUCUAUACAUAUUAACUUUUUUUACGCGAACUUUACAGAUAAAUUAUCUCUAGAUCGUGUAGUCGUCGGGCCGCCUCCGUAGUAGCUCUCUACUCGUUUUUAUCGCAAAAAAUUAUAAUUAUAAAAUUAUGUUCUGAGCUAUCUAUAAAUGCUAAAUUUAAAUCUUUCCUUAAUAUUUUUAUAUAUGGGUACAUUGAAGUGUAAUAUCAGAUGAUAAUAAUUAUAGGAUAUAUUUAACUUUAGUGAAGAGCAAGACUUAUUCUGGUAAAUUUAUUGAAUGAAAUGAUGUGCAGGAAUAGGAUUUUCAAAUUUACUGCCACUGACAUUUGUAUUUAAUAUUGAGCGACAUCGCGACCCGCGUUGCAUUAUAUGAAUACAACUAUUAAACUGACAUGAUUAUUAUAAAAGUGAACACUCAAGGAAAUAACGAAUAUUAAUAGAAUAUAUUAAGAAAUGUUUACCUUUUUUCUACUCUAUAGUAUAUUUUUAACGAUAGAACAGCAAAUUAUGUGUAACCAAAAUAAGAAUCGUUUAUAUAUUAUCUAAUAGGGUAUAGCUUCAGAAUGUUUUUAAACAAUGUUAUUAAUUAUGGUGAAGGAAUAUACACACCAAAGGUAAAUAAUGAAUAUUGAUAAAUGAUUGUUUAAAUGCAGAUGCGUACAUUUUUAUAAUUGUCUAUUUAAAAUAUAGUGAUUUCUGAAAUAUUUUUCAUAAACAAAUACAAUGUUAUUAUUACCUAGAGCAUGAUAACAAGUAGGUUUGACGUUACAGGUUAAUAUGCUUUCGAUGUCUGAUAAGUUUCGUUUAGACGUGUAUUAGUGUACUCGUUGCUUUUCUCAUAUAAAUUAUACUUAUAUAGCUAUUUACGAGACCUUAUAUUGAACUUAAUAAGAAAUUCUUUAAUCGACAUUAGAAAAUAAAACUGUGUUUAAACUAAAAAAUAUAAAAAACGAACCAAAUAUCAACAAAAGUGCUUGACCGUAGCGUAUAACAUUUUGGACACAGGAAUAUUUUCGCAAUAAUCAAUGUUCUAUAGUUGUUUGUAGUACAGAAACAGCACCCGCGUGAAAAUAUACCUGAGUGUGAUUUAUUUAUACGAAAUUAUGUAUUAUUUUAGCAUUAACAUUGACGUUGAUGCGAGGAUAAUUAAAAUAGGAUUAGGGUAUUGACUUUGAAUUGUACGGAAGCGGUAGAUUUAGUUUUAUAUUCGAAGAGUUUUUGCAUGUUCAUAGAAAGUCUAUAUCUAUCUAUUUUGACUAUUUAAAAAACUGUAUGAGUUUAAAUUGACAAGUAUUGGUUGUUUCUACACUUGGCUUAACUUAAACAUCAUAUGUUUCGGCACAUUAGCCUGGACCAAUAUCGGUUUGACCUAAUCAGUAUGCAAUCUUAUAUUUACGAUUGAAGAAAAAACUUACUUUUUUAUGUGAAAGAUAUUGCCCAAAUAUUUAACAUUUGUCUCGUCUGUUGAGGGCAGUUUGUAUAAAGUAAUUAUAAAUAUCAUAUUCCAAGACAAAUUAACAGUCUUGUAUUGUGUUUCGGCUUUAACCGAUACGUUUGGUUGUAGUCGAUUAUUAUUAUUAAAUCGAAAGGAAAACAUCAUCAAAAUGAAGUAGGAGUAAUGUCUCGAUUAGAUCGUUGAGUGCAUUUUAUGUACAUUCCCAUUAACGUAGAAGUUUUUUUGUUGUGAUACAUUGAAUUGACUGCAUUUUUUUUUAUUAUAAUUUUAACCAAUUCAUUUUUUUUAAAUGAUUUAUGACAAAGUUAA